UUAAAAAAAAAACCCAUUCCAAUCACUCUUUAUUGUCGCUGUACUCAGAAAAUUAUAACUUCCACAUUUGUGUCGAGGUAAGCUCUUCCAUUUUUUGGUUUUUGGCUUUUAAAUUAUGGCUCAAAGAAGAGGCCAAACGAACUGGACAUACCUUUUCAAUACUGAAAUAGCAUACUCGACAUCGAAAGAAGACUUUCUUGGUCAGGGUAGUUCCGGUUCUGUUCGUCGUGGCCUUUUCAAAGGGAACAAAGUCGCUGUUAAGAAAGUUCUCAAAGAUAUGUCAGCAGCAUCCAUCAAAGAGAAAAGGGAAAUCUAUUUGCAAGGGCAACUGAAACACAUAAAUGUUUUACCAAUUAUAACAACAACAGAGGAUGAAGAAUUUAGGUACAUUGUACUGCCACUAUGUUUUGGGACACUCGGAGAUGUUAUCAACCGAACUUAUAAGGGGCCUAAACUGCUGUCUGAUCUUGCGACUGAUCUUAUUGUUUUAUCUCAUAUAGCCGAUGGUCUCGACUACAUCCACUCGAGAAAUCUUAUCCAUCGCGACAUUAAACCGGACAAUAUUUUAAUUUACCGGGAUGGUUUCGUGAAAUUGUCGGAUUUUGGUCUGAGCAAGCAGGUCAACGAUCGUGGAACAUGCUCCCUCAGUGGACUUAAAGGAACUCUGAUAUGGAUGGCACCGGAAUUUCGUGGUAAUAUAGAGGAUGCCAGAGUAUCAUCGAAGAGUGACGUCUUCCCGUGUGGCUGCGUCUUUUUCGUUUUCCUCCAACGGAAUAAUGUGAAAGGAGGAAUCCACCCGUUUGGAGAUAGGAAAAACCACACCGAAAUUCAGUUCAAUAUCCUCCGUGACAAUCCAGUUAACAUCAAAAUGUUAGAUCCUGGAUGCAAUGAGUAUACUCUAAUCGAAGGAAUGAUUCGACAUGAUCCAAGAGAUCGAUCGUCUAUGACACAAGUUAAACAGCAGAUCAAGGAAUAUUCCCAAAUUGUUUCUGCUCGGAAGUGCCCUCAGAACAUUACAUGCAGCCCAGGAAGAGAACACUGCUGUGGUGUUUGGGUGCCCUGCUCCGCUUUCAGCUCCAAGCGAACCAAGUCACCGACGAAAUUAUUCCAGCCCUUACCCUCAACAACAUCCUAUGUAUGCUGCUGGACCGUCAUCAGCAGCUAACCAUCACUUACCAAAUUAUCCCGGCGGACCCUGCUACCCGUACUACCCUCAACAGCAACCAGCACAUCCGGCUGUUGGCAAUUCCAUGUACCCUGGCGGGCCUCCUGUGGGCUUUAACCCGAGUGCCAUAAGCGGAACUCCGUACCAAGGAAGCUUCAACGGUUAUCCAGGUAUUAGAAAUUCGGUUGGGGUCCUGCCCCCUUGUCCAGGAGGAUCAUCGUUUGGUGGCUAUGGCCAACGACAACCGCCGCAGCAGCCGAUGUAUAACGUCACUCAUUUUUACCGAGCUCCUUACCACGAGCAAUAUAGGCCUAAACGCCAUCAGCAGGAUUCUUCUUGUUCGGAUGAUGAAGAGGAUAGUGACAGCAACUAAAUAUAGUGAAGUUGUCCAUCACUUUGUCUUGUAUAUAUGGGGACUGCAAACUUUGUAACAAUUCUCCUUUUUGUUAUUCAUUCAUGCAUAUUAACAUAUAUUACACUACAAAUAAAAGGUAGAUUUAAAAGAGAGAAAGUACAAACUGAACCAAAUAACACUACGCAUGCACGGAAGAUUGAAGGGAUAAUUUUUAUUUGUUCGAAACGCUUCUAACAAAUUUUUUCACAAAUAAAAUAAUUCUAAAAAUCAAAAUCAUUUGCAUAUUCAGACGUCUGAGAUGCGGGUAAUAUACAGCCCUUUCUACAUGUAGGCUACUAAUAUUA